CGGCGUGACGUCACAACAAAGAUAACUGUCAAAUUUGAUGUUUAUAAAUAAAUAGUAGUUCGUAGUUCAUUUUUCAUCAAUUCAUUUAAAAUUUGAAAACAAAAACCACAAUUAGUAAAAUGGUUGCAGACAAAAAUACCACCCCUUCAAACGCUCUAGAACAAUUUGUGAUAUUAGCCAAAACUGCUAAAGGAGCAGCGUGUGUUGAACUAGUGAAACAAGCACUGGAAAGUCCCGGAGUGUAUGUUUUUGGAGAACUUUUGGACAAUCCAAAUAUUUUAGAGCUUGACAACACACACAAAGUUUAUUUCAAUACUUUAAACCUGUUUGCCUAUGGAACUUACAAAGAUUAUUUGGCCAACACAAGCAACUUUAUUGAGCUAUCAGCGAUUCAGAAGAAGAAGCUACAGCAUCUUACUAUCGUGACUUUGGCUACCAAAUCCAAGUGUAUCCCCUACGAAGUUUUACUUGAAGAAUUAAAAAUCAAAAACGUCCGCGAUUUGGAGGAUUUAAUCAUCGAAGCUAUUUAUGCAGAUAUCAUUCACGGUAAAUUGGAUCAGAAAAAUAGCCAAUUAGAAAUCGAUUAUGCUAUUGGCAGGGACAUUCGUCCAGAAGAUACCAACGUUAUUGUCAACUGCCUACAAGAGUGGAGUAAUGCCUGUGAAAAAGUCCUCGAAUGCAUCGAAACUCAAGUUUGCAGAGCAAAUACUGAGAAAAACACUGCAAUGCUGAGACAAAUUGAUAUAGAACAAGAGAUUCUUAAUAUCAAGAAAACUUUGAAGAAUCAGCUUCAAGACAGACCUGAUGGUACAGUCGAAGAAAUGGUAGUCGAUAGUAGAGAGGCAGCACCUAGUGGCGAUAGGCUACUUAAGAAAGGUUCAAAGGUUGGCAAAGGUAAACAUACUGGAAAAUUUUGGUCUAAAUCUUAAAAAAAUUAUUGUUACAUUGUUCAAAAUAUUUAUAUUUGUUAUUGUUUAUUGAUGAUUUUAUAUUUUCUUCCCAUUGCCUACCAAGUAUAUUUUGAUUUUUGAACAGAACUCAAAUUUUCUUCACCAGAAUUAUUUUUGACCUAUCACAAAGUAUUUUUCGUAGAGAGAUUAAAAAAAUCCUAAAUGAUGAAUUUAUAUUUCUUUUCAAAAUUUAGUCUUGUAGAUUUUAGUGUGUUGAUAAAUAAAACAUUUCUGACCGAAUUUGUUAACUUUCUACCCAAGCUAAUUUUCUUUGUUCAACUGAUACUCAAUUUAAUAAAUUAUUUUUCUAGGUACAAAGACUCUUCGUUGAACCGUAUUGGAUAAUGCAGACUGUUCAUUGUUCAUUUAGCUUUAGAUCAUUAUUUGAGAAUUUGUGUUAAUUUUUUUCAGUAAAAUGUAAUCCUUUGUCAUUUAAUAAAAUCAUUUAGACUUA